AUGUACUUGAAACAGCAAGGCAAUAACAAUGCCUACUUCUUUGACAGGGAUGAUGUGGCUUUAUACCACUUCAAAACAUUCUCAAAAAAUCAAUCUGAUGAGAAGCUGGAACGUGCUCAAAAAUUCCUGAAAUACUUAAAUAAGAGAGGAGGCCAUAUUGUCCUACAGGACGUAAAGAAACCAGAGUGUGACGAUUGGCAGAAUAGCCUAGAAGUCCUAGAAAUAGUGAGGACGAUGGAAAAGAAAAUAAAUCAGGCCCUACUAAACCUGCACAAUCUGGCAAUGGAAAAAAGUGACCCACAUCUUUGUGACUUCCUGGAGCGGGAGUACCUAGAUAAGCAGGUGACCAUUAUCCAGUGUCUUGGAGAAUAUAUCACCAACCUGAAGAGGCUGAGAGCUCCUGAGAGUGGCCUUGGGGAGUACCUGUUUGACAAGCUCACCCUGGGGGACAGCCACUAA